AUGUUUCCGCUCCAGUCCCUCGUCCUCUUCACUCUUCUCGCCCGCGUCCGCGCCGCCAUGGUCGGCGACGCGACUGACCUGCUCAGCUCCGGCGUCCACUUCGACUUUGUUGUCGUCGGCGGUGGAACGGCAGGCAACGUCGUCGCCAAUCGCCUGAGCGAGAACCCCAAGUGGUCUGUCCUCCUCCUCGAGGCGGGGGGAUCUAAUGCAGAUGUGCUUGAGAUCACGGUUCCGUUCUACUGCACGCGGGCCAGUGCUCUAGACACCCCGCAGGUCUGGAACUACACCACAAUGCCCCAGACGGGACUCGGCGGCCGCACGAUUGCGUAUCCUCGUGGGCAUGGGCUCGGUGGCUCGAGCGCAGUCAGCAAGUCGCUUCUCAUUACAUGGCCUACACCCGUGGAUCCCGAGAAGACUUUGAUCGCUUCGCGACUGUCACCGGGGACAAGGGCUGGUCCUGGGACAACCUCGUUCCAUACAUGCGGAAGGUCAGCGGAGCUGCAGUUUGUGCGACGGUUUCCAUCUGACACAUUGCCCCAGAACGAGGAUUUCACGCGCCCGACGAACCAGAGCAGCAGUGGCCACUACGAUCCCUCGGUUCACGGCUUCAAGGGCAUCAACUCCGUGUCCCUCGCGGGUUAUCCGUCUCCGCUCGACGCGCGGGUCAUCGAGACCACGACGCAGCUGUCAGAAGAAUUUCCGUUCAACCGUGACAUGAACUCCGGCUCCCCUCUCGGCAUGGGAUGGACGCAGGCUACGAUCAACAAUGGAUCCAGGAGCAGCUCGGCAACGUCGUACCUGGCGUCUGAAUUCAUGUCUCGACCGAAUCUGCACGUGGUCAUCGGGGCCCAGGUGCUCUCGAUCAACUCGACCCGAGCGAACGAAUUCAAGUCUGCCCAGUUCGUGCAGAACGGAAAAAUCAUGUCCGUGACCGCGCGCAAGGAGCUCAUUCUGUCCGCCGGAAGCAUCGGAACGCCGCACAUCCUCAUGCACUCGGGCAUCGGGAACAGUUCCGCCUUGAAAAGCUUGGGCAUCAAGCCGUUGCAUCAUCUGCCAUCGGUCGGACAGAACAUGACCGACCACGUGGUUCUGCCCGUCGAGUUCGUCGUGAAUUCGACGGCGACAUGGGAGACCGCGCAACGCAAUGCGACGCUGGCUGCAGAGCAGUUCGCUCAGUGGAACGCCUCCCAUACGGGACCUUUGAUGGACGGCGUGUCGAGCCAAAUCGGGUGGUUCCGCGUCCCCAAUGCCUCGCUGACGGGAUUCCCCGACGCGUCUGCGGGGCCGAACACGCCGCACUACGAGUUCCUCAUCUCCAACGGCUUUUUGGGUCCGCAACCGGGCAACACCAACGGAAUGAGCAUCGCGACGGCGGUCGUGUCUCCGCACUCGCGGGGCUCCGUGACGCUGAACAGCAGCGACCCGCACGCGGCGCCGCUCAUCAACCCGAAUCUCCUCGGCGAGCAGGUCGACCGCAUCGUCGCCCGGGAGGCGGUCCGCGCCGCGCUGCGGUUCGUCGCCGCCCCCGCGUGGAAGGGGUACAUCAUCACUCCGCUGGGCGUCAACGCGUCGAGCACGGAUGCGGAGAUCGACACGUACGCGCGCAACAGCGCGGCGACGGUGUUCCAUCCCUCCGGCACAGCGAGCAUGUCGCCCGUCGGCGCGGACUGGGGCGUCGUGGAUCCGGAUCUGAAGGUCAAGGGCCUCAAGGGACUGCGCGUCAUUGAUCUGUCUGUCACACCGUACAUCCCGGCCGCCCAUACUCAGGCAGCUGCGUACUUCAUCGGGGAGCGGGGCGCAGAUCUGAUCAAGGGAUUCGAGAUGGCGAAGGAGUACCUUGUGAAAGGCUUGCGGGUCUUCGCGACCGCGCGCCGCGCAGAGGUGCUUGCGCAAAUCGCGGCUGCUGCUCCGGGACUGGAGACCGUCGAACUCGAAGUGACGGACGCGGAGUCCGUUCGGAAGUCCAGGGAGCACGUUGCAUCGGCCACUGGAGGCGUACUGGACAUACUGGUCAACAACGCUCCCAUCUCUCUCCCUAAAGUCCUCACCGUAUGCUCAUCCGGGGCCCCAGGCUGCUCCGUCCCAGCGACGGACCUCGAGAUCGACCAAGUCAAGUCCGUCUUCGAGGUCAACUUGUUCGGUGUCAUCCGCAUGGUCAACGAGUUUCUGCCUCUACUCAUGGCCAGUGGGGACGGCCGGAUAGUCAACAUCGGCAGCAUUGCGGGUGUCAUGCCGUAUCCGUUCGGUAGCGCCUACAACGCGUCCAAAGCCGCGCUCCAUGCGUACGGGAACACACUGAGGAUCGAGCUGGCUCCAUUCAAUGUGCAGGUCUCCACGAUCGUGACUGGCGGUGUGCAGAGCCACAUCUCAGACAAACCGCCUCCGACGAAACCGACGUCGCUCUACGCACCCAUCGCGGAACACCUGCUCAAGUUCCGUGCGGGACGGUCCCAGAAGGGAGCUAUGCCUGCAGACGUCUAUGCUCGAUCGAUCGUCUCGCAGACUCUGCACUCACACCUCAAAGCGUGGAUCUGGAAAGGCAGCUUCACGGGUCUCUGCUGGUUCAUCGAUACGUUCCUGUGGCGGACGGCGUUUGAUGUCCCGUUCUCGAGAGAAUUUGGGUUGGUCAAGCUCGGUAAGAUAUUUAGGAGUGGGUUAGGGAAGAAACAGUCGUAGAUAGUUCACAUCCCCUUUUCUUUUGCACGGAUAUAUAUCUCCACGGAUAACUUGUAAGUAGUCUGCAUACUACAAAACUGUCGCAUGUUUUUGCAUCGCGAUCAUGUGAUCGGGAGUCAGCUCUCCGAGUACCGGGCUUUACGUGUCCAGAAGAGGGCAACUCAAUUCUAAGCUCAGGUCGUUCAUCCGCUCAUCCGUUCACAUCGUUCAUCAGCUUUACGAGUGACGAUCAAGAGGCCAGUAUAUGGUUAAUAUUUCGAACAGACUGAACCCCCAGUGAUUAUGAACUGAGUGAGCGCACAUUGCAGAAUCAAGCCAGCAAUCAUCAUACAAGCUGCUUCUUCACAGGGUGCCACACUUCCCCAGAUGUUCUUGACCGCCAAACCUUGAACUUGAAAGCUGCGGAGGAAGAAAUCAAUGUCCAUCAGAUAUUUAUAAGCUGAUGACCGGUUGCACGGAAUCCGGAUGAGCGGAUGAACGACUUGAGAAUUGAGCAGCCCUCUAUAAAGCAGUCUCCCAGCGGCAUCUCGUCUCAACCAGUCUUUCCAACAAAAGAGAUGGCAUUGGAAAACCCGCGCACUAAAGCCGUCCUCAUUACCGGGUGAGCUUAUAUAAGCCGUCAACGCCCUCGCACUCAACUUGACACACCACCGCCCAUCCAGUUGUACACCAGGAGGGAUAGGCUUUGAGUUGGCAAAGGAGUACCAUGCGAAAGGCUUGAAAGUCUUCGCUACCGCACGACGGGCAGCUGUCUUGACCGAAGUCGCGGCGCUCGUUCCGGGGCUCGAGAUCCUGGACCUCGACGUGACCGAUGCCGAAUCUGUACGGAAGUGCCGGGACUACAUCGCGGAGGCGAACGGGGGCGUACUGGACAUCCUGGUCAACAACGCCGGCCGAGGGUGCUCGAUCCCGGCGACCGACCUGGACAUCGACCUCGUCAAGUCCGUCUUCGACGUGAACCUGUUCUCCGUCAUGCGCAUGGUCAUCGAGUUCACGCCGCUGCUCAUCGCCAGCGGAGACGGCCGCAUCGUGAACAUCGGGAGCGUCGCCGGCGUGAUGCCGUAUGCGUUCGGGAGCGCAUACAAUGCGUCGAAAGCCGCCCUGCAUGCGUAUGGGAACACGCUGCGCAUUGAGCUGGCGCCAUUCAAUGUGCAGGUCAUGACGAUCACCACGGGCGGCGUGAAGAGCCAUAUCGCGGACAACAGCGCACCGCCGAUCAAACCGACCUCGCUGUAUGCGCCGAUCGCGGAUCUCUUUCGUGAGGUACGCUCUCGGAGAUCUCAAGCGGGAGCCAUGGCCACGGACAAAUACGCGCAAUCUGUGGUCGCGCAGACGCUCAAACGACGCGUCAAAGCCUGGUUCUGGCAGGGCAGUUUCUCGUGGAUCUGCUGGUUCGCGGAUACCUUUCUCUGGCGUACGGUCUUCGACCGACCAAUGUCCAAUCAGUUUGGGCUUACGACGCUGGCGAAGAUCGUACGAAACGAUAAGGCAAAGAGACGGGAUUGAGAUCAGUUGGGUACUGGAGAUGCUCUGUGUGCGAAUGACAAGGAAACGCCCAUCGACCCGACCAACGCUGUCUGCAUCACGACCGUACCACCGAGCCCUUGAAACAGUCCAUACGUGAGCUUGUGCAUCCUCCGUCUGAACGCGUGAACGUCCCCGGAGAACGCCCUGUUCCCUGCUCCAUCCGAGUCCAAGUCUGAAUCGUCUUCGUCCGACGAGGAUGCCAGCUCCGAAUCCGAGUCCGAAUCGGGCUCCCGGUGGAGCAGGAGACAGACUCGCUCCCAGCCUUCGCCCGCCUUAUACUCGACCAUGAGCGUCCGGGCCUGGGCCUGGUCGAAGUCGAACCGCUUCUGGGCGAGCUCGGUGCUCGGGAAGUCGCCGAAGAAAGUCAUCCAGACUACUUUGAAGAACGGGCGCAGUCGAUCGAGGAAGCGCGGGUCGAGGCAUGAGGAUAUCACAAAGGGUUUGUUCCGCCCGAGUUUGGUUAUAAGCGUGGGACGCUUCGCGUUCGAGAGUUUACUUGGCGUCGGGGGCGGGCUCGCAGCAGUCUGCGCGAGCUCUUGCGAGAGCAUCUGCCCGCGGGACAUCGCGAUCUGCGCAACAGCAAUCAGUUCGUAGGUGUGACCAGGGUAAUCGGCCCUCAGGUUCCACACCUCGUACGAUCCCAGCAGAGCAUGCCAUUCGUCUGCCUCCAUCUUUAUGCCGUUGGCAAAGAAACGGGAAUUGAGAGCGGCUGUCCAGAUUUCCACGUCGAGCGAGUGGCUGAGGUUAUGUUCGCUUCUCAAUUCUGCAUCAAGGCUGUCCGAGUCCGCUCAAAAAGGGCCUACUCACUCGACGGAAGCAACGCGCCCGAGAGACAGUACCUUCAUUUGCUUUUGCUCUAUGGCGGUAGAUCCCUGUGUGUCCAGCCAGCUCGAGGCAUCUGUUUGAACCCACAGCGACAUCCUGGCGAUGUGCUGUGGGAGGUGUCGCGUGGGUAUCGCAGGGAGGGGGAGAGGGAAGUUGGGGGUGGAUUUCGUGGCGCAUUGAGAAGCAGGGGCUAUAAGAGGGUUCUGAGGGUAAGAUUCGACAGGUAGGCAAGUAAGAAGCUCGGGUGUGCCUUACGUCGAGAUAUACUUGGACUACGACACCCGUGCAGUUAGGAAAUCGGACCCUCGCAAAAAGCACACGGCCCGAUACUGCUACAGUCUUGAAUGAGCCCCUGUUCCCGAUGGGCACAACCACGUGCCACUGAAGGGAUCUCGCAAGAUCCUCCCCUCGACUAUUCCCCGGACCAGUAACGAAAAAUGAUGGGAUCUUCUCCAAGCUCCAGUGCCCGCAUCGAUCCCCGGCGCGGCAGCAACAUCACAGGUGGCACCAAGUCGGAUCGUAGUGGUGGUGGCACCGAAUCUCUUCGUGAGGAAACGGAGACACAGACCUCUGCAAGUACAAGUGCUCGGUCUCACAGCCACGGAUCUACCUCCACCUCUCGACCCCGGGCCUCUCCUGCCGAACUAUUGCGCAGCCACUUGACGCGGCGGGCGCCCCCGAUGUCGACGUGGUCCUCGGCGCCUGUGGAGAACAGCUCGUGGGCAUCGAACAACUUCCUUUUGGGCGCGGGGAUGGUGGUGCUGCAGCCGUCGACGAUGAAAGUCGCGAUUGUGUACGACUCGGGAAGGAAGACCUGGUUUCUGCCUCGUGGCCGGAAGGAUAUUGGAGAAUCCUUGGAGGCGACUGCUCUACGUGAGGCUUACGAAGAGUCUGGAUAUCAAGUCGAGCCUCUUCCUUUAUUCACGUUUUCACGCCAGCCAGCGCCUCCGAGUAAACCAGAUGCUGGAGAUAUUCCGAACUGCGAGCCGAUCUACGUUUUGACGUCGUAUUUUCGCGAGCGCAGGCAUCGGGGCGGAUAUGUCUCACCUGCAGGGGAGUAUCUGACAUUCUGGUAUGCGGGCCAGAUUGGACCGGAUGCGGUUCAUCAUGAAAACACGGGCAUGCCAGAUGAGGCAAAUUUCCAAACGUUCUUGGUGGAUCAGAAUGAGGCGCGCGUCAGAUUGGUCUCGAGCGAAAGCAAGAUUGUGGAAUACGCUUUUGCGCUGUAUAAGGUCACGACAGAAGAAUUGCAAAGACAGAUGGAAACAGAGAUGGAAAAACCCGAAGACUCAAAGCUUGAGUUUUAGUUGUGGCCAUCUUUGAUAAAUAGUCGCUCUGUUUCCGUGCUUUCUAAUUGCCGUGUCAAUCAAGUCAUAAAUCGAGUUCUAAAUCCA